CGGGAGACUCCCCGGCGGGCCGGGCCGGGCGCCGCUCCCCGCCAAGGCCGGGGACCAUGUUCCCCAGCACCGGCUCCAACGGGCUGUCUGACAAGAAUAUUUAGAAGGGGGACAGUCUCUUGGAUGGUAUUAAAGAUGCUAAUAAAGACAUCCUUUGGAGGAAAAGAGAAAAAAUUAGCAGAGCUGGGCUGGAGCUGUCAUUGGUGGUGAUGGUGUUAAAGUCUGAUCACAUUUCCUAGAAGACAAAUCAAGACAUAUGUGCACAAAAGGGGAGAGAAAAGAACAGCAGAGAGAAAAUGCAGCUUCUGUUUCUGGAUAAAGCACCUCUGUCAAAGAGUCUUUUAUUAGUCCCAAGUGCCCUGUCGGUUCUAUUGACUCUGCUCUUCCAACGUUAUCAGAAGUUCUUCACGUAUAACCUACAAGCUGUAAAAGAGGAUUUUCAGAUUUGGAGACUUGUAUUUGGGAGAACAAUAUGUCUUGAUCUGAAAGAUACAUUCUGCAGUAGCUUGCUCAUUUAUAACUUCAGGAUAUUUGAAAGAAGAUAUGGCAGCCGAAAAUUUUCAUCCUUUUUAUUGGGCUGCUGGAUGCUGUCAGCUUUAUUUGAUCUUCUCUUUGUAGAAGUUGUGCAAUAUGCAUUUGGCAUCACCAUCAGCAGUUUGCCUUCUGGAUUCUUGGGUCCUGUAUUUGCUCUGUUUGUACCAUUUUUUUGCUCCAUUCCAAGGAUGCAAGUGACACAAAUAUUAGGCCAAUUUCCCAUCACAAACAAGACAUUGGUCUAUAUACUGGGUUUACAGCUUGUAACCUCUGGUUCCUACAUCUGGAUUGUAGCCGUAAGUGGACUGAUUUCUGGGAUGUGCUACAGCAGUAGUGUGCUAAAAGUUCAUCAGGUGCUUUGUGUUCCCAGCUGGCUAGCAAAAAUAUUUUCUUGGACUCUUGAACCAAUAUUCUCAUCUGCAGAACCAUCCAACGAGAUUCGAGUAGGAAUGGGAGCAACAGUGGACAUCCAGAGACAGCAGAGAAUGGAAUUACUGGAUCGUCAAAUCAUGAUGUCUCAGUUUGCACAGAUGAGACGGCAAAGACAACAGCAGGGCAGGUUGAUUAACUGGAAUCGAAUCCUUCCUCCUUUACGUCGUAGACAUAAUGCAAAUUAUCAAGAUAAUGGCCAGUCUGAGCAAGAGGCACUUCCAACUGCUGAAGUUUCUGAGGAACAGGUUGCACGACUUAUGGAAAUGGGAUUUUCAAGGGUAGAUGCUUUGGAAGCUCUGAGAGCUUCAAAUAACGACCUUAAUGUAGCUACCAACUUCCUACUGCAGCACUGAUGAUUGCCUGUGAAGUAAAACUUCAGCAAGAGGAUCAAAGCCACCUCUGGAUAGACUCAUAAAGAGCAAAAGCCAAGGAGAAGAAAUGUCUACUAUACGCGAUGUUUCAAAGUAGUGUUAAUGGAUGGCACUGACUGUUCCUAAAUCCCCAAAUAAAGUGGUGGUUACUGU